UCAACUUGUGUAAUUUACCAAACAUGUCUACAAAUUUGCACAAGAUCAUUUGCUGAUAAAGCUAAAUAGGAAACUGACAUUAUGAAAUAAAUUUAGGAGCUAAUCCUCAAGUUCAGCAUACACAAGUCUUUGGCCACACCAAAAACGUUCAUCUUUAAAUCCAGGUUUCUAAUACCAAGCAAUCCCCUUUUCUCUAAAACCUCAACAAUAAGGAUCUUAGGAGCUCUCCACUUCUCAUUUUAUGCAGUGAAAUCUGAUUUCUUUUGGAGAAAGGAAUGAGGCAAGAUUAACUGAAUCUGCCGUCCUCCCUAACCUCUUCACAAAACUGCCCAGAUUAGCUAGGAAUUAAGUUUCAACCGUUUUAUGUGUCUGGUCCAUAGGGGGGAUUAUAGUUUUACUAUUUUUUUGCCUCCCAAUUUCACUAUAAGGGUCUGACACACUGUUGUAGAGAGAGGAGAAGUAGAAGAGCAGCUGAGCCUGAGCAAUCGAAAAGUGCUGUGUGUCAAUAUCCCGUGAUCAUCGUUCCUUGUGUUUUAUUGGAAUUUCUUUGGAGAUGGAUGGACUGAUAAGGAUGGAGAGACAAAAGUUUCCUUUCACUAUUGAAAACAUAUUGAGCAAAUAUCCAAACAGUAAUGGAGACAGACGGACAUGUGAGACAAGUGGUGCUGGACUACAAGAGAAGAGUCCUGUUGGAGACCAGACAGAGACUGUUCAUCAUGCCUGUGUAUGCUGCUGCUACUGCUCCCACUGUGGAGACAUAUUCAGAGCUGACUUCAUUCAUGAAGCCUGUCAGUAUGGAUGGCCCCCAGCGAUGCUCUCAAACUCAUGUAGGCUGGGAGAGGCUCACAGAGAGGAGCAGUCACCCGGUCAGGUGCAGAGGCGGACCAGACGUCACCGCACUAUCUUCACAGAGGAGCAGCUGGACGCACUGGAGGAGCUGUUCCUGCAGAACCAGUAUCCAGAUGUGAACACAAGGGAGAAAUUGGCACAGCACACUCACUUAAGAGAAGAAAGAGUAGAGGUUUGGUUUAAAAACCGAAGAGCAAAGUGGAGACGCCAGAAAAGACUAUCAUUUGGUGUGGGAAACACAGAAAACUAA